AUGUCGCACUCGAUCGGGACCAAGGGAACAGCUGUGAUACUCGGAGCAUCAGGCGCGGUGGGCAAAUCGCUGUUGCCACUUCUCGUUUCGGAGACCUCGCCUUAUUCGCGCGUGUACUCUUUCGCCCGGCGCGCUCAUCCCUCACCGCCCGCACCCGCGCCUGGAGUACACUUUGAAGAGAUCAUGAUCGAUUUCGCUGCACUUUACGAGGGCAACCGGGCCGAACAGGAUAAAUUCGACUCCCUCUCGCACAGCUUCGACUCGAUCUACAUCGCGAUGGGGACCACGCGGGCAGCGGCCGGAAGUACACAGGCCUUCGAGAAGAUCGAUCGUGGCUACGUCCUCACCGCUGCGAAGGCCCUCUCUAAGCAAGGCAGUGGCGCGACGCUGGUGUAUUGCUCAUCCCGCAGCUCCAGCAGCAGCUCUUGGGUCCCCUACCUGAAGAGCAAGGGACUUACGGAAGAAGGCCUCGCCGGCUUGUACUCGAACACCGUGAUCAUGAGACCCGGCUUCCUCAAGAACGCGGGCCGACCUGAAAGCAGGAUCUUCGAACUCUUCCUCGAGCCCCUUCUGGGCGCAGUUUCAGCCCUCACGGACUCGUGGCAAGCGUCCGUCUCGGAUGUCGCCAAGGCCAUGGUUGCAGCCGCGCAGAAGGGUCCUGAAACUUUGAAAGCGCAGCGAACCGGCGAAGUUCCGGGCAACAGUUUCCGGCUGCAGAGCGGCGCAAGCAGGAAGGGGCUGGCGAUCGUGCAGAACCCAGGCGUGCUCGCCCUGGCUCGCGAUCAGCCUGCAAAGGCGUGA